UCUAAUCCUGUUCAUUCACGAGAUGCUCUCUUUGAACUUUGAACUCCCAACUCAGCUCUCGACGCCAAACUUUUCUGCCACGUGUCCCGUUCUUUCCAUGCUCGGUUUGAACUACUUUUAGGAAAACCCCAUUACCAUAUUCCGUAGAGAAAGCACACCAUUAUUGUUGAAUGUUGAUGGGAGCCAAAACGGAGACCGUCAUUGAGAUGAACACGGAGGGAAAAGAUCCGCCGGAGACGAAGGCGGCGGCUAUCGCAGAGACUGACGGCGGGAUGACUGGACCUCUGGUCACCGAGAGAGGUGCUAUUCGUCGGAAAGCUGACAUCAUGGACGUCGUCCUGCGAGCUCUGUGUGUGCUAACGUCGGUGACGGCCUUGUCUCUAAUGGUGACGGCGAAGGAAGCUUCCACCAUCACCGUCUAUGGAUUCAAUAUCCCUCUCCGUUCCAAGUGGUCCUUCUCUUACGCUUUUGAGUAUUUGGUGGGAGUAUCUGCAGCGGUGGCGGUUCACGCCAUGCUUCAGCUGCUAAUCACCGGGUCAAGGCUGCUAAGAAGAUCGCCGCCUGCGCCUUCACGGAACCAUGCUUGGCUCGUUUGUGUGGCAGAUCAGGUAUUUACCUAUGCGAUGAUGAGUGCGGGAUCGGCGGCGGCGGGAGUUAGCAAUCUGAACCAUACAGGAAUUCGGCAUUUGGCUCUGCCCAGCUUGUGCAAGCCGCUCCGUGGCUUCUGCGAUCGGGUCGCUGCCUCCAUAGCCUUUGCCUUCAUGAGCUGCUUUCUGCUCGCCGUUUCGGUAGUCGCCGACGUCGUUUGGCUGUCCAAGUCUUAGAACUUAGAAGCCAUCUACUGCGGCCGGGGCAUAUUUAUGGUUUUUGCCAAUCCGAUAGCUUAGCUUGUUGGAUUGGUUCAUUAGCAUGUAGAAGAGUUGUGUGUGGCAUAUGAAAGCUGCGACUUAUAUCCCAUGAUGAUGAUUAUGAGUUUAUGAUUACUCUGUACUUUAUAUUUUAUGUGAAGGUUAUCAGAUCGAUUAAUGCAUAAUUAGUCACUAAUUGAUAGUA